GUUGAACAAAGGGCCCUGCGCUGAGUUAAUUUGAGGGCCCGUCUUGGGUGGAAAGCAGCGUGAAGACCCCCGAUAGAGCCAGGUGUGACUGUCCCAAAAUCAGCAGCUGGGUGAUCUUCAGGAAGAGGCUGAGACGUCUCAGCCUCCGGCACAGUAAUUAUGCCACAGACAGACAAACAAGUAUGCAUACCUCCAGAGCUUCCAGAUUUGCUGAAGCAGUUUACAAAAGCUGCUAUUCGGAGUCAGCCUACGGAUCUGAUCCAAUGGUCUUCUGAUUAUUUCAGUGCCAUGGCCCGUGGAGAGACUCCUCCUGUAAGAGAACGGCCAGACCGAGUGCCUUUAUCAAACUAUGCGGAGCUUACUCCAGAGCUCUUGAAGGUCUUACAUCAGCGAGUGGGCGGAAGGCUGAUUGUCCACGUAGAUGAACUGGCUCAAAUGUGGAAGGUUCUCAACCUCCCAACAGAUUUGUUUGACAGUGUCAUGAACGUUGGCCGUUUUACUGAAGAAAUUGAGUGGCUGAAGUUUUUAGCUUUGGCCUGCAGCUCUCUUGGAGUUACUAUUGCAAAAACUCUGAAGAUAAUAUGUGAAGUUUUAUCCAACGAGAAUGACAGUGGACCCCCUCGCAUCCCUUUCAGCACUUUCCAGUUUCUCUACACUUACAUUGCGGAAGUGGAUGGAGAGAUCUCAGCAUCUCAUGUUAGCCGAAUGCUGAACUACAUUGAACAGGAGAUCAUUGGGCCAGACGGCUUGAUCAAGGUGACCGAUUUUACCCAGAAUCCUCGUGUCAGGCUGGAGUAGAUUCUCAGAACAUCACACACUGCUAUGUUAGUAAAAGGAAGAAGAAACAGAGGCUAGAAUAAGAAUUUCAAAUAGGUCAGCCUCUCAGUCUCUUUUUUUGUCCGUUUGUGUCUGUUAAUAAACAGUUUGGCAAAGCAACCAA